AUGACUGUCCCCUACAAGCUGGUGCUGAUUGUUGAGUCGGUGGUGGCUUUUGGAGAGGUGCUUCUCACAGUUUUGGCAAUGCCACAUUUUGACAUUGUCACUAAUGUGAUGAUCUUGAACAGUGUGAGCAUCCUCUCAGCCGUGUUACAGGUAGUUGCUGAAUGCCAUGCGAAGGAAAUGAAGAGGCUCAUGUUAUCUGUCAGCUCUAUCAUCUUCAUUCUUCUGGGCUACGUCCUCUUCAUAGUUAGCUAUCUGGUGACAGAGGACAGCCCUUCUGAAGUGAGGAAAUCUGUUGGGUUGGCCAUUUUUGGAACCAUCUGCAUUUCUCUAAAUUGGUGGGAGAACUACAGUACACUCUUCAAAAUCCCAUUUCUGGAAGAGAUCUCUAAAAACAUCGCCAAAACCCGCAACGUGGUUUGUAUUCUGUCUUCUUUGGUGAAAGUUCUCAUCACUGCAGCUGUGAUUGGAAUUAGCAUUCCUUUGUCAGAGUGGCUCUCCCUAAAAUCAGUCCCUGAGAAAGUGAGCUACACAGUUUUUGGCUUGGUGGCCAUCCAGAUAGUUUCCUCUGCAAUGUGUCGCUGGUUUGUGGUGGUGGCUUGCAAGAUGCACGCCCUGCGUCGCUGUUUUCUUGUGCCUAUGUACCUGGCCUCGGUGGCUGUUCUGAUCAUGUUCUUGAUUCCACUUCACACUGUCCACCAACAAUCUAAUUCCAGCAGUACAUUUUGUGGGAACAGGCCUGCUCAAGCCCAGAACUCCAUCACUAUGUAUCUUUCAUCAUUGAUGGCUGAUGUCACAGGCACCCUUUGCGCUCGGCCUAUUGUGUCAGAAACGAAAAUUACAGGAUUGGUGGUCCUGGGGCUCUAUGCCCUGAGCUGGUGGCUGGGACUCAUGCUGAGCACAGUGUACAUCUGGUUUCUGAAGAUCCAACGCAUAGAGAGGACUCAGGAUCUGUUCUCCAAGCAGAUGUAUGAGGGAGCAUUUCUGGAACAGUCUUUGCUGCUCAACACCCGUUUCGAGAUCAGGAAGAAGAUCAAGGAGGCAGGAUCAAAAGAUACCAUGAUAGUCUACUUAUGUGCAACAAUGUGGCAUGAGACGUAUGACGAAAUGAUGAAAAUACUAAUCUCCAUGUUCAGGCUUGACAAAUACCGGCCGAAAAUAAACAAGCAAAAUGAUGUUAUCUUCGAAUUCCAUAUUUACUUUGACGAUGCCUUCAAAGAUGUGCAUAAUGGCAGAGCGCGACAUGUAAACGAAUACGCUGAGAUCUUGGUGGAAGUAAUCAAAGAAGUCUACACCAUCUUUAGUGAGGACAAUCCAUGUAUCUUCAAAACAAAGCCUCGUCUCCCGCAGCAGAAAAUCAUCAGCACCCCAUAUGGAGGCCGUUUGGAGUACACACUUCCUAAAGGCAACACGAUGAUGGUUCACCUCAAGGACAAACAGCUGAUUCGUCACAAAAAGAGAUGGUCCCAGAUCAUGUACUUAUACUACCUACUUGGCUGGAGACUCAAUAGAAGGUACUUUAAGAUGUUUGAAGAUGGUGGAGAUGCAAACGAACUGAAGGAGAAGCUGAAGAGGGAGAAGGAGAACACAUACAUUCUGGCUCUGGAUGGAGACACAGAUUUCCAGCCCUCUGCCGUGAUGUUACUGAUUGACAGGCUGAAGCUCUAUCCAGAAGUGGGCGCAGCCUGUGGCAGGAUUCACCCCACUGGCACAGGGCCCAUGGUGUGGUAUCAGAAGUUUGAGUACGCAGUGGGCCACUGGCUGCAGAAAACAGCAGAGCAUGUAUUUGGCUGUGUGCUCUGCAGCCCCGGCUGCUUUAGUCUCUUCAGAGGUGCUGCCCUCAUGGACGACAACGUAAUGAAGAGAUACACCACCAAACCAACGGAAGCUAGCCACUACAUACAGUAUGAUCAAGGGGAGGAUCGGUGGCUGUGCACCCUAUUACUCCAGCAGGGCUGGAGGGUGGAGUAUAAUGCCGCUUCAGAUGCCUACACUAAUGCCCCACAGGACUUUACAGAGUUCUACAACCAGCGGCGGCGAUGGGGGCCCUCCACCAUGGCCAACACCAUAGAUCUGCUGGGCUCAGGACGCUUGACCUCUGAAAGGAACAGCUCCAUCUCCAAACCCUACAUUCUGUACCAGGUCAUCAGCAUGGGUGCCUCCAUCUUGGGCCCAGCCACCAUCUGCCUGAUGAUAGCAGGAAGCUUUACAUUUAUUGUGAAUAUGGAACAAAAGUUGGCUCUUACUGUAGCCACAGUGCCUCCCACAAUCUACCUGAUACUGUGCUUCAAACUGAAGUCGGACACACAGAUCCAGAUAGCAGCAGUCAUGAGCAUUCUGUAUGCGUUCCUCAUGACUGGAACUGUUCUCUCCAUCAUUGGUGACAUAGUGAAGCAGCAGACAUUCAUGACCCCCAGUGGCCUGUUCCUUAUUAGCAUGAUCCUGCUGUACCUCAUUACAGCAGCUCUUCACCCUCAGGAGUUCUCCUUGGUCAUCUAUGGGGUCUUGUACUUCCUCUGUAUUCCCAGUGGCUAUCUCCUGCUGUCCAUUUACUCCAUUGUUAAUAUGAACAAUGUCACAUGGGGGACCAGAGAGAUGGGUGGCAAAGCUAAGACUGCAGCAGUGAGCGCCAUCAAGAGGCAGGUCAUGCAGGCUACAUGUUGCAUGUGUAAUUGCUGGAAAAGUAGUGACAGCAGUCCUCCUAUGAGUGAACAGAAGAACGAGCCACCGCUGGAAUGCAGUGUGUCUGAGGAACAACAUAUUAAUGUCCACACAGAUUCUGAAGAGACUGGAAGUUCACAUGAAUGUCUCACCCCACAGAGUCCUAAAAGCUGGAUUGAAGAUUUGCAAAGACAAUCUUAUGACUUCCCGCUACACAGUGCCACGCUGCCAGAGGUAGAAUUUUUAAAAGGCUUCAAGAAAGUUUAA